GGUGGAUUCUGGGAUGCUCUGCAUUUGAAAUAGGCCUAGUCAAAACAGACGAGGAAUUUAACUACAGUGUCUCAAAAUGUUGAAAAACCUACAUCUGGUUGGUGAAAAUGAAGAAGAUGACCUUUACAGUGAAUACAAGGAGUUAGAUACCGAGGAGCUUUAUGCAGAUGAAGGCUUUCAACAAGCUUUAAAAACAAGCUAUGGAAAUAGACCAGUCCCGGGAACAGCAGCAAGAGGCGGUGGGACCCUUGGGACUGCCAUGGGAAGAGGUAGAGGGGGAGUACCAGGAUCUUCAAUGGGAGGAAGACCAGUCACUGGGCUAGCUGCUGAUGGUAGUCAAGCAAGGCCAAUGACAGCUGUAAGAGCUGCUGGUUACUCAUCUGCUGGUGGCAGAGCAGUGCAGGGAGCAAAUUUUGAUCCUCUCAAUCAGUCAAGAGCACCAGCGCCACCUCUUGAAUCAAAAUCUGAAGAUGCGCCAGAAGAGAAGAUACGGCAAUUAGAGAAGAAAGUAAACGAGCUUAUCGAAGAGAGUUGCCAGGCAAAUGAAGCUGGUGAUUUCAAACUGGCACUAGAGAAGGCCAAAGAGGCUGGAAAGAAAGAGAGGCUACUUGUCAAACAGCGAGAACAAUCUGGAUUGAGUGAUCAAGUCAAUCUUGAUAUUACUUAUUCGGUUCUGUUCAAUUUGGCCAACCAAUACCAUGCCAAUCAGAUGCACCAGGAGGCGAUAAACUCAUACCAAGUGAUUGUCAGAAACAAAAUGUUCAGCAACGCAGGCAGGCUUAGGGUGAAUAUGGGUAACAUUUAUUUUGAACAACGCAAAUAUUCCCAAGCUAUUAAGCAGUACAGAAUGGCCCUGGAUCAGAUACCAAAUACCCAUAAGGAAAUGAGGAUCAAGAUUAUGCAGAAUAUUGCCUUGGUUUUCAUUAAACUUGGACAGUAUUCUGACGCUGUUACGUCAUAUGAGCACAUCAUGGGGGAAAAACCUGAAGUAGAAAGUUGCUUUAAUUUGCUGCUGUGCUAUUAUGCAAUGGGUGAUCGAGAGAAAAUGAAAAAGACGUUCCAAAGGCUUGUCCAAAUCACUGUUGGCCCAGAAGAUGAGGAGAAAUACAAUCCGGUGCUAGAUGACCCACAUCAAUCUCUGAUUGUCGAAAUAAUAAGAAACGAUCCACUGCGACAAUGGGAAAAGCAGAACAAAUCGACAGCUGACAGAUGUAUUAUCGCUGCUUCUAAGCUGAUAUCUCCCGUCAUCGAAGUUUCUUUUGACUUGGGAUUUGACUGGUGUAUUGAAAAUGUGAGAAGUUCGCCUUACAUAGAACUGUCAAAUGAGCUGGAAAUCACCAAGGCCAUAACAUAUCUGAAAAUGAAAGACUUCACCAAGGCUAUUGAAACUUUAAAGACAUUUGAAAAGAAAGAUUCAAAGAUGGCAUCCCAGGCUGCUGUUAAUUUGUCAUUUCUCUACUUUCUGGAAGGGGACACUGCACAGGCGGAUAAACAUGCAGAUAUCGCAAUAGAGGCUGACCAUUAUAAUCCAGCAGCUUUGGUCAAUAAAGGGAAUUGUUCCUUCAAAAGUGGAGAUUUAGACAGAGCCAAAAUUUCUUAUCAAGAAGCACUAAAUAUCGAAGCAUCUUGCACAGAAGCGAUUUUUAACCUUGGCCUUGUACACAAGAAACUUGGAAAGAUUGACGACGCUCUGGACUGCUUUCACAAACUGCAAGCAAUUAUUCCAAAUAACCCUGAAGUUUUAUACCAGCUUGCAGAUCUCUACGAAAAAGCUGAAAAUCUUCCAGAGGCGAUGGAGUGGUAUCACCAACUGUUAUCGUUAGUUCCAAGCGACCCAGCUGUUCUUUCCAAACUAGGAGAAAUCUAUGACAGUGAAAACGAGAAAUCGCAGGCCUUUCAUUACUAUUUUGAGUCAUUCAAGUACCAUCCAUCCAACAUCGAGACGAUUUCCUGGCUUGGUGCAUAUUAUGUUGAUGCUCAGUUUGUGGAAAAGGCCAUGCAUUAUUUUGAACGAGCUGCUCUUGUACAGCCAAAUGAAGUGAAAUGGCAACUCAUGGUGGCCAGCUGUCAUCGAAGAACUGGAAAUUACCAGUUGGCUCUGGAUGCUUACAAAACUAUCCAUCGAAAGUUCCCGGAGAAUAUUGAGUGUUUAAAGUUCCUAGUGCGUUUAUGCACUGAUCAAGGCCUAGACAAAGAGGUUCAAGAGUUUGCAAUUAAGCUGAAGAAAGCUGAAAAAGCAAAAGAAUUACGAGAGCAGAGAGCACAAAGCGGAACCAGGCGAGGCAGCGGUCGAGCCAACUCCGGUCGAUCAGGAUCAGGCCGGGCUGGUUCCGGGAGGAGCACAGUAGCAACUUCUGAAAACAGUCUUGGCAGUUCAGCCGAAAACGAAGAGGACUCGCUUUUUCCAGUGAACACAACGCGGAAGAAGGAGGGUGGCAGAAGAAGGGAGGUAGAGAACAAUGGAAACGAUUUCAACUCUUCCAAUCGAGUUAUAGACGCUUCAUAUGCCGACCCACUAGGAGAGGCUCCUUCAAGGCCCAAAACAGCUGGUGGAAAUAAGGCACCGCAAAUCGAAGAUGAAUUCGGGGAUGAAGAACUUGGAGAUGAUCUUUUGCCUGAAUAAAGCCAGUAUGUGUAAAUAGAUCAAUUAUAUGUAAAAUAAAUUAUGAAAGUAAGUGUGAAGUAUUCUAAAAUCUA